CCCGUAAAAGCAAAACCCACCCGCGACUAAUCGACGCCAUUAGCGAGGAGCACGAGCGCCAGGCACCGCAUCGCAUCGCAUCGCACGCGAACCUUCCCACCUCCCCCCCGAAGUGCGGACUACAGAGCCACCAGACAUGGCCUCCGCCUCGCCUCUGUAGAAUCCCACCAACCAGUCUUCCCUGUCCGCGCCCCCGCGAUUCGAGUUCGACCAGGGCUGGAGGCCUCGCCGUCGGCGUCUGGUGGUGCGUCGAGUGUCGAGGCGACCGCGCGGAUGGCGGCGGUGGCGGAGGGCGCGCCCGCGGCUUCCGCGCAGGCGGCGGCUUCCGCGGCGGCCAAGGAGGCGGAGUACCGCAAGGACGUGCAGAAGCUGGUGGACCUGCUCUCCAAGCUGAACCCGGCCGCCAAGGAGUUCGUCCCGUCCUCCGCGGCCGCCACGCCCAGGAAGGGCCUGUCGGCGGACGCGCCGGUGUUCUACUACGGCCCGAUCGGAGGCCGGAGCGCCGGGAUCGGCGGGUACCCCGGCAGCGCCGACGCCGGGUACAUUGGGUACCAGCAGCGCAUGCAGAGAAGGAAUUUUGUAGAUAAUGAGAGGAGGAAUGUAUACAUCAACCAUGGGAGGAGGAGGACAAAUGAGAGGGCGAGGCGUGCAGACAGGGAAGAGAGCAUCCGACGAACCGUUUAUGUCUCUGAACUCGACCAUACUGUGACAGAGGAAAGACUUGCUGAAACCUUUGCUAACUGCGGGCAAGUUGUCGAUUGCAGAAUCUGUGGUGAUCCACAUUCUGUUAUGAGGUUUGCAUUCAUUGAGUUUUCUGGUGAAGAGGGGGCUAGAGCUGCACUUAACCUUGGUGGCACAAUGCUUGGGUUCUACCCCGUUAGAGUCUUGCCUUCAAAGACAGCUAUCUUACCUGUGAAUCCAAAAUUUCUUCCAGCGACGGAGGAUGAGAAGGAAAUGGUCAUACGGACGGUUUAUUGUACAAAUAUAGAUAAGAAGGUUACUCAAUUAGAUGUAAAGAGUUUCUUUGAAGAACUUUGUGGUGAGGUCUCUCGUUUGAGACUUUUAGGCGACAAUGUACAUUCAACAAGGAUUGCUUUUGUUGAGUUUGUCAAUGCUGAGGGUGCCAUCCAGGCUCUGAACUGCAGUGGGAUGAUUUUGGGCACACUGCCAGUCAGGGUGAGCCCUUCCAAGACCCCGGUGAAGCCCCGUCUAAAUCGGGUGGUGUCAAACUGACUGCUUCGGCUACACACUGGAUUGUUGACGGGAAGGCUGCCUGACCAUCACCUAUAGCUUCCGCGAUCCAGUGAAACUAUGAUGUUUCUGCUUAGAUCCUUGCAACGGAAGAGCGUUUUCUUCCUUUAAUUAUCCCUUCUGAGAAACUGUUGGAAAGGGACUGGCUGAAUCAGACCCUUGAGAGUCUUGAGAGUCCCGCAUCUCGCAGACAAAUCUGUGAUGGAUGGAGCAACCAGUAGAAAAACCUGCCAUUCAGAGUAAUUUCUGUGGCUAAAACAUUGUUUCCUUGUUAUCUCAUUGGCUGUUAUUACCAUCAAAACGAAUGAUAUUUUAACGGCUUGACGUGCCGAUCGAUUGUCGCUGUUA